AUGCCAGAGAACAAGGCCGCAUACCUCGUUGCCGUCAAUACCCCCCUCGAGCUCAGAUCAGCUCCAUAUCCUGAACCUCAAGACGACCAAGUCAUAGUAAAGAAUCAUGCAAUCUCCCUUAACCCAGUCGACUGUGCGCAGCAGAAACUAGGCACUCUCUUUCCAUGGCUCAAGUUUCCAGCUAUACUAGGCUGCGAUGUCGCUGGACAAGUCAUAGCUCUUGGCUCUGGUAUCACCAAGUUCAAAGUUGGUGAUCGCGUCGCUGGCUACAACAUGGGUACUUUCCAAGAGUACGUCCCCGUGAGAGAACACUCUUGCGCCAAAAUACCGGACAAUAUCAGCUACGAACAAGCAGCUGUACUUCCUCUGUGCUUGAGUGUUGCUGUGAAAGCGCUGUUUCAUCCGGAAUAUUUGGCGCUUGAUCUUCCUACCCCUGAUACCAAAGCCAGCGGGAAGGUUAUUCUUGUCUGGGGUGGAUCGACCAGUGUUGGUUGUAACAUCAUUCAGCUUGCCAAAGCAGCUGGAUUCGAAGUCAUAACCACCGCAUCGCCCAGGAACUUUGACUACCUCAAGAAACUUGGUGCUAGCCACGUCUUUGACUACAACUCGUCCUCUGUUAAGCAAGACCUUCUUACCGCAGUCCAGGGGAAGACAGUCGCUGGAUCUAUUUCAAAUGGAGGUUUAGAUGUUUCACAGUACGCUUCAAUCGUUGAAGCUUGCGCCGCUGUCGCUCUGAGCUCGCCGGAUAAUUGCAAACUGGUUCCUUUGACGAUGGUACCUCGCUUCCCGUUACCAGAAGGUGUCGAGACGAAGUUUGUCGUGCCACUAUCGACUGACAAAGAACUCUCUUCCUGGGUUUAUAACGAUUACAUCUCGGGGGAGUUGGCAAAAGGUACCUUUAUACCAGCUCCAGAGCCAAAGAUUGCCGGGCAUGGACUUGACUCUCUUCAGGCUGCUAUGGAUAUUCUUGAUGCUGGAGUAUCAGCGACGACGAUUGUGGUCACGAUGUAG